AUGCAUAUUGCAUUGCGGUCGAUCAAGGAGCAAGGCGGAAGUUCAAGGAAUUUAUUACGAAAUUGCCGUCAUGUUUUAGCAACAUUGUUGCCUUCAUCACUUUGGGGAUCGUUUGGUAUUCUUGAGAAUGUCUACAAAUGUUUCAAGAUACUCACCGAAAUGAAGCAUCCAUGGAAGUACUACCAGGGAAUACAUCCGCCUGUUCCACUGUACAAAUCAGCGAUGUCAGUGGCCAUUCCUCGUCGAGCUGCAAGAUUUAUGUUGCAGAGCAGAAAAGUGGAGGCUCUGCUCAAUUAUCUCAGCCAGACCUGGGUCCCAGAUGAAUCGUUCUGGACGACCGUAGCUGGAAAUGCUGUCUUGAUGAAAGUUCCCGGUUCCUAUCGAGCUCGAGAUAUUCUGUGGCUACGUAAGCACCUAUUUAUGACACCUCCAACUACAAACAGUGUCGACAAUAUUGGAACAAGCUACAUUGGACGAUAUCAAGUGUGGGAGUGGCAAAAACCAUGCAGAGGACGUAUAAUAAGCUGGUCAUGCGUAUUUGGAGUACUGGACGUACCGGAAGUGGUGAAACGACCAGAACUUGUUGUGCACAAAGUUUACCUAGACACUGAACCAGCAGCUUUCAUAUGUUUGCUCAAGGAAGUACGAAAACGUGCUCACAAUCCGGUAGAUUUCGACGCAAGAAGCUAUGCUGAGAUGCCGACAGUCGAACUAAGCAAUGGCAAGCGGAUCACUGAGCUGAAACAUCCAGAGUGGCUAAUGCGAAGUUCAUUCUAUCGCCCUGAUCCCUUAAUCAAUUUUUGUGAUUACCUCAAGAGCGCUGAAUUCAGCUAUGUUACUGGUACACCUGUCGAGACAAUAAAUUUGAACUGUGAUACGGUCUUUAAUGGAGGACCUGAUCUUAUCAAGUACAAGCGGUGGACUUUUAAGUAUAGCGCAAUAGAAAAGGACCUCUACGAAUCGGCCGACACAUGUGACACAAUCCGGCGAUAUUUUAUUUUUGAAGACGCUCCUUUAUCAGAAGAGGAAGCCAACUAUCCGUUAGCCUAUGGGUUUCUGAUUUACAAAGACAUUGUGCAGGUGAUGCUUGAACUCAGCAUUUUCUACCAUCCUCAGAACGCUUACUGUAUAAUGGUCGACCAAGGUGCGAGUCGGGAGUUUAAGAACUUCAUUACGAAAUUGCCAUCCUGCUUCAACAAUACAGCUACAUUUUACCUAUCGGGUGCAGAUCUUCCUUUGCGUACAAAUCUCGAAAUGGUGCGGAUAAUGAAUGCGCUGAAUGGAUCAAUCAAUACCGAUGUUGAGGAAUUCGAGAUCGAUCGAUAUCGGAUGAUGGAGGUUGUGUUGUGCAUUGAUAAUGGAAUCCAUCCCCCUGUUCCACUGUACAAAUCGGCCAUGUCAGUGGCAAUUCCUCGUAAAGCAGCGAAUUUCAUGUCGAAAAGUAAAAAAGUGAAGGCUCUUCUCACUUAUCUGAACGAGACAUGGGUUCCCGAUGAGUCGUUCUGGACGACCGUCGCAGGAAAUGCAGUAUUGAUCAGAGCUCCUGGUUCAUUUCGGGCCCGAGAUAUUCUGUGGCUUCGUAAACAUCUUACUAUGACGCCGACAAACUAUCAGAGUGUCGAGCACGUUGGCACCAGCUACAUUGGACGAUAUCAGGUAUGGGAAUGGCAAAAACCGUGUGGAGGACGGAUAGCUAGUUGGUCGUGCGUGUUUGGAGUACGAGACAUGAAAGAAGUAGUGCGGCGGCCGGAGCUUGUUGCUCAUAAGCUGUACCUCGAUCAAGAACCAGCAGCUUACUUAUGCCUACUAAAGGAGAUACGCAGGCGAAGUUAUAGUCCAACUGAUUUUGAUGCAACAAGUUAUGCCGAAAUGCCAACGGUAGAACUAAGUAAUGGAAAACGGAUAACUGAGCUAAAACAUCCGGACUGGCUGAUGCGAAGCUCAUUCUAUCGCCGAUGA